GGUGUCAAGCGCCUGGAGCAACAGUUGAUUUCAGAUACUUUUCGCUAUCAAGCUGCCUCUUCAGCCCACUUCGCUAGUGGCGAAACCUCCGUCUCUUCGAUAGCCUCUAACUCAAGUCCCACCAUUGGAGCCAGGCGGGAGCCCUCCAGCUUAGUCCAUGAGAACUCUGCUGGUGUCGGUAGUGCGUUGUUAAUUUCGGGAUCAAAUGAAUCCCCUCAUCAACACAAUCAACAACAGCAGUCUUUGAGCAAGAUUCGGCAGCUGGAAAAAUUGUUGAAGAAGCGCCUGUAG